AGGAGUGUCCAGCCUUGGGAAGAGAUGUGCCAGCUCCAGCCACUGCUGGCCCUGCUGCUCCUGCUUUCCUGCCUGUGGGCCAAUGCCAGUGUUCUUCGGGGACAGAUUGUGGGGGGCCACGAGGCUCAGCCCCACUCCCACCCUUACAUGGCAUACCUGAAGAUGGGGGUGUCAGCCUGCGGAGGCUUCCUGGUGGCCCCUGACUGGGUGAUGACAGCUGCACACUGCCGUGUGGGGAAUGCCACAGUCAUCCUGGGGGCUCACAACAUCCACGAACCAGAAACGACCCAGCAGGUCCGGGGAGUUGUCAGAUACCAUCUUCACCCUGAAUACAACCCCGAGACUGUGUCUAACGACAUCAUGCUGCUCAAGCUGACAACAAAGGCCACUCUCAAUGACUACGUCAAGACCAUUCCAUUGCCCAAGAGCAGCAGUGACCUCCCCACAGGAACCAAGUGCAGCAUAGCUGGCUGGGGUCUGAUUGAUGAUGACCAGGCAACCAACAAGCUCUUUGAAACCAAAGUCUCCAUCUACAGCCGCAGGAAAUGCAUCCGCUUCUACCCACACCUCAACACAGGGAUGGUCUGUGCCGGCAGCUUCCAUGAGCUCAGGGAUUCCAGCCAGGGAGAUUCUGGUGGGCCCCUGGUAUGCAAUAAGGUGGCACAAGGUAUUGUUUCCUUUGGGUACAGCACCCCACCUGGGGUCUAUACCCGCAUCUCCAACUACCUGCCCUGGAUCCAAAAAAUCAUGAAGAAGUAACAGCAGCAGCACUCACUCCUGCACUGGUGUGGUCCUGGAGACUGCACUGGUUUCCUUCCUGCCUCUGCUGAAGGCUUGACUCCCUCCUCUCUCCUUGGGAGCCUGAGUGAUCGGAUUGGUGCACACAAGGGUCCCCCCCCUUUCUGCUCUGAGGCCGCUGGCUGUCCCAGUCCCUGCCCAUCUCAGGCAGCCAGCUCAGGGCCAUGUUAAAUCACCCUGGCAAAAGCCAGGGUCGUUCCCAAUGGCAUGAGAAAGCAGCUGUGCUACCAUGAACCUGUUUCCUUCAGAGAUAACCCUGUCCCUGCUUGAACCUUGCUGCACUUAAAACACCCACAGUAAAA